AUGGGAAAGACUAGAGAUCUCCUCAAGAAAAUUAGAGAUACCAAGGGAACAUUUCAUGCAAAGAUGGGCUCGAUAAAGGACAGAAAUGGUAUGGACCUAACAGAAGCAGCAGAUAUUAAGAAGAGGUGGCAAGGAUACACAGAACUAUACAAAAAAGAUCUUCAAGACCCAGAUAAUCACAAUGGUGUGUUCACUCACCUAGAGCCAGACAUCCUGGAAUGUGAAGUCAAGUGGGCCCUAGGAAGCAUCACUGCAAACAAAGCUAGUGGAGGUGAUGGAAUUCCAGUGGAGCUCUUUCAAAUCCUGGAAGAUGAUGCUGUGAAAGUGCUGCACUUAAUAUGCCAGCAAAUUUGGAAAACUCAGCAGUGGACACAGGACUGGAAAAAGUCAGUUUUCAUUCCGUUCUCAAAGAAAGGCAAUGCCAAAGAAUGCUCAAACUACUGCACAGUUGCACUCAUCUCACACACUAGCAAAGUAAUGCUCAAAAUUCUCCAAGCCUGGCCUCAACAGUACGUGAACUGUGAACUUCCAGAUGUUCAAGCUGGAUUUAGAAAAGGCAAAGGAACCAGAGAUCAAAUUGCCAACAUCCGUUGGAUCAAUGAAAAAACAAGAGAGUUCCAAAAAAAUAUCUACUUCUACUUUAUUGACUAUGCCAAAGCCUUUGACUAUGUGGAUCACAAC